GGGGCGGGGUAGGAGGCGGGGCCCAGCCCUGUUAAGAGCGUGGCCGGCCGCGGCCACCGCGGACCCCAGAGAAAGCCGAGUGGCCACUGAGCCGGCAGAGACCCACCGAGCGUCGGCGGAGGGAGCAGCGCCGGGGCGCACGCGGGCACCAUGACCCAGACGCCCGCCUUCGACAAGCCCAAAGUAGAACUGCACGUCCACCUAGACGGAGCCAUCAAGCCUGAGACCAUCUUAUACUAUGGCAGGAGGAGAGGGAUCGCCCUCCCAGCUAACACAGCAGAGGGGCUGCUGAACGUCAUUGGCAUGGACAAGCCGCUCACCCUGCCGGACUUCCUGGCCAAGUUUGACUACUACAUGCCUGCUAUUGCGGGCUGCCGGGAGGCUAUCAAAAGGAUCGCCUAUGAGUUUAUAGAGAUGAAGGCCAAAGAGGGCGUGGUGUACGUGGAGGUGCGGUACAGUCCGCACCUGCUUGCCAAUUCCAAAGUGGAGCCAAUCCCCUGGAACCAGGCUGAAGGGGACCUCACCCCAGACGAGGUGGUGGCCCUAGUGGGCCAGGGCCUGCAGGAGGGGGAGCGAGACUUCGGGGUCAAGGCCCGGUCCAUCCUGUGCUGCAUGCGCCACCAGCCCAACUGGUCCCCCGAGGUGGUGGAGCUGUGUAAGAAGUACCAGCAGCAGACCGUGGUGGCCAUUGACCUGGCUGGAGAUGAGACCAUCCCAGGAAGCAGCCUCUUGCCUGGACAUGUCCAGGCCUACCAGGAGGCUGUGAAGAGCGGCAUUCACCGUACUGUCCACGCUGGGGAGGUGGGCUCGGCCGAAGUAGUAAAAGAGGCUGUGGAUAUACUCAAGACAGAGCGGCUGGGACAUGGCUACCACACCCUGGAAGACCAGGCCCUUUAUGACAGGCUGCGGCAGGAAAACAUGCACUUCGAGAUCUGCCCCUGGUCCAGCUACCUCACUGGUGCCUGGAAGCCGGACACGGAGCAUGCAGUCGUUCGGCUCAAAAAUGACCAGGCUAACUACUCACUCAACACAGAUGACCCGCUCAUCUUCAAGUCCACCCUGGACACUGAUUACCAGAUGACCAAACGGGACAUGGGCUUUACUGAAGAGGAGUUUAAGAGGCUGAACAUCAAUGCAGCCAAAUCUAGUUUCCUCCCAGAAGAUGAGAAGAGGGAGCUUCUCGACCUGCUCUAUAAAGCCUAUGGGAUGCCACCUUCAGCCUCUGCAGGGCAGCACCUCUGAGGACGCCACCCCUCCAAGCCUUCGCCCUGUGGAGUCACCCCAACUCUGUGGGGCUGAGCAACAUUUUUACAUUUAUUCCUUCCAAGAAGACCAUGAUCUCAAUCGUCAGUUCCUGAUGCUCCUGAAGCCUGUGUGUCCAUUUCUGCACACACGUAUACCUCGGCAUGGCCAUAUCACUUCUCUGAUUGUGUGCCCUGGCCAGGGACCAGCGCCCUUGCACAUGGGCAUGGUUGAAUCUGAAACCCUCCUUCUGUGGUAACUUGUACUGAAAAUCUGGUGCUCAAUAAAGAAGCCCAUGGCUGGUGGCAUGCAG